AUGAACACCUGCGUUGCCGUGACACUCUGCUUGUGUGCGCUUGCAUGCCUCUCCGAUGGGGUCUCAGUCAAGGUGGGAGACUACUCAUUUCCUCUGGAGUUGGUGAAGCAACUGAAGAACCUCCAAGGCGCCUCCGCCAUGCACCCGCGCAUGCGCAGCAGCACCUCGGUGCCGGUGUGUUCUCAUCCAAAGCUUCCUGCUGAGUUUGCACCUCUCUGUGCCUCCCCCGGAGCAGAAAGCCUGAUCCGAGAAUUAAGUGAUAUCGCCGGCGACCCGGAGACUUGUGAGAUCUGCGCCAACGUCGCCUGCUCUGGGUGCUGA